AUGGCAUUCAAAGGGGCUAUCGUGGAAGAGGAUUUUGGGAAGGCCGAUGACACAUUUGAUGAAUUGCUUGUGUUGGGUUUGGUUCCUGAUGUUUGCACUUAUAACGUGUAUAUUUAUGGCUUGUGUAAGCAAAAUAGCAUGGAAGCUGGUAUUAAGGUGAUUGGUUCAAUGGAGGGGUUGGAGUGCAAGCCCAAUGUGAUUACUUACAAUAGAUUAUUGGAUGCAUUUUCUAAGGCUGGGGGGUUAAGUAUGAGCAGGAAGCUUGUUAUGGACAUGGGAAACAAGGGUGUUGAGUUCAACUUUUGGACAUAUAGGAUUAUGCUGAAAGGUUUAAUUGGUGAAGGUGAAAUUAUGGAUGCUUGUGUUUUGUCUGAGAAAAUGUUGGACAAGUUUUACGGUCGUCAAUGUGAGACAUUUGAUGAGGUAAUAUUUGGGCUGGGCCAAAAAGGGUUGGUUUGUAAUGCAAUGGAAUUGAUGCAGAAAAUAAUUGGCAAGAAUGUUACUCUUGGGCUAUGGCCUGGGAAACCAUGCUCCUUGGUUCUGGAUCUAAACUUAGCUUUCCAGAGACUAUUUUGA